CAGUUAUCGCUCUCUUGUUCAGACCCUUUGAGCUACUAUAUUUAUUAGGAGAGAACUUCGAGAAGUUCAAGUUUACUGAUCCGAUUUCGAAACCUGUAUUCAGACGCAGUAGACGACACAUGAUGGCAGUACGGCUUGUUUUUGCGCGAUGCUAAGGGCGAAGUGGUCACUGCUCAUUUGGAGACGCGCUUUCUCGUAGUCGCUGUCAGCAUUGCCAACUGACGAAAUCCUCUAGCUUCUGUUGUCGCGCUCAUCGUUCCUGCUGGUAGUUUUCGGCUCGCUUUGAGCACUCCCGAUUGCGCCCUUCUUGUCUUAUUCGACCAUGUCGGGUGCUAAGCUGGUUUAUGACUAUCAGAAGGGAUGGCCCUGGAUGGUCAUUCUUGCUGUUCAGUUCGCAAUUCAGCCACUGCUUACGCAAAGCUUUAGUGGAGGUAUCUAUCCGUGGAGUAGAUCAGUUUUCUUCGUUUCUUUCCAAGAAGAAGGUACUUGUCGUCUAUCGUAGUUAGAUGAUAGAUCACGAUCAGGUUCAGGUUUCAUAAAAAUCACACAUACACAAUCUGCCUUGCCGUCGCGCACAUGCAUAUGAGGGCUAGUUUUCCUACUUAGCAUUGUCUUUGUUGUUGACCUUCAACUCUAUCCUCAGAUGACUCUGGCAUAAUUUCUCCUCAGAUUUCGUUUUGCUGGAUCCCGUAAUAAAUCCGCGGAUCAUGGUUUUGAUCACGGAACUGGCGAAGGUAGUGAUAUCUCUCGUGUCCUUGUUUCUGAGUGGUACCUUGAUGCACGACUUGCGCGGGAUGAGUUACCGGACAUCCGUGGUACCCGCUUUCGUGCCCAGCAUUUCGUACUCCCUCCAGAACAUCCUCAUUUAUCUUGCCUAUCUGUCUCUAGACCCGCUUGUCGCCAACUUGCUAAACCCAACCAAAGUGGCCUUUACCGUUCUUUUUACGUACCUCUUGUUGGGUAGACAAACGAACCGGACGGAAAUGGGAGCUGUGGGCCUGCUGUUCGUCGCGGUGGUCGUUCUGAAGUGGGAAUCACCUGACCAGGUGCGCGCCGAGAAGACGAUGAAUGGGAAUUUUGCGUUUGGUUUUGUCUACGCGUUGGGGGCUGCCUUUCUCUCAGGUUUCGGUAGCGCAAUGUGCGAACGCUCAAUGCUCAUUCUGCCCAAGGCUACUGGAGCCUCUUCAGCUGGGAGCGGAAAAGGAAAUGCUUCAGAUGAUGACGGCAACUCAGUAGACGAUUCAUCCAGCAGGAGGUUAAGGCUUGUCCUAUCUAAUCCAUCCUGAGAAAGCAUCGGCAUCCUAGGAGAGAGAAAGAGGCAUCUCUAGACUGUUGCUGUAAGAGGAAGAGAACCUCCAGAAGGAUGCCUCCGCCUCAGAUGACUCUCAAGAUGGAUUUUUGGCGUUGGGCGUGUGUACUUCUAGUUCUAAAGAAAGGCAUAACGAGUACCACGAGCAUAUCGAGUUCUAGUAGUACAGGCAGCCACAGAUCCGCUUCGAGAGUGAGGGAAUCCUCGAUAGCGAGACCCGGAGGAGACGAUUUAGCUUUGGAAAGUAUGAGCCGAAGCUCAUCCUCUUCGUCCAGCAGUGUCGGGCGGCGGCGAAGUGAAGGCUCUUCGGGCAGCGGACGGCGAAGUGGUCUACAGGGUUCCGCCCGUAGGCGCCCUUCCGGUGGUACGUCACACAGAAACAAGACGCCGGGAGCAUCGUCAUCCCGGCAAGGAGGGAACAACACAUCAUCAAGUCGAGGAGCUGCGGAGGGUCUCUCCGGCGGCGGGGAAACAGAUUUGACUACGCGGACGACGGCAGUAGCGCGGGCAAUCGCCGCUGCAGCGUCGUCCACGAGUGCGGGCAGCGACGACGGCUCCUCUUCGGGUAGCAGUGCGGCUGGUGCGGCCGUGGCCGCGAAAAAAAGAGCACAGCGCAGCGUAGAGGAUGAUACGCACCUGUCCUCUCUGGCGGGCUCUAGCGAGGAGGAGUUGAUGCUCGUCGAUGCGAAGAGCGUUCUACCAAGCUCCCCAACAGCGUCCGCGAUAGAUACGGGAAAGAAGAGUGCCUAUUUGUUUUCUCUCGAGCUCUCCUUCGCAACUUUUGUGCUCACUCUAGUGCAGGUAAUUGGCAUCUACGUCUGGGAGUACUACCUUUCAAGUUUCCCCAUUUUUCGAGACUUCCAAAGUGCUGUACCCACAGCAAAGUGGCCAGCGGUUGCGGUGCACACUCCAACACUCUCAUCAUGCGUACCACUUUUCGUGCAGGCAUCUGGGGGGAUCGUUGUCGGACAGGUAAGCACGUAGCACAUAAAAAACUGUUGAUGUUGUUGCUAACGGUGACCGCCAAGUAACGUACUGGUAAAAUCUGUUAUAAGAGACGCCGAUACUUGCUAGUCACGCUACUCGAGGAAGCACCAGAAUCUCAAUCAUUUUUGAGCGGUGUAUUCGUAUUGCGGUCUGUAAGGUCGAGUUCCGUGCACUACCAUAUCUGAAGUUCUUGCAGAGUAGAGAACACUGAGCGUCAAACUCCCACUCUCGCAUCAGAAUUAUCUAGGUAACAAAAUAUGUCGGAGGCGUCGCAAAGGGUUUCACGAUUGUAUGUGGCAUCGUUUUGACAGCAAUAAUCAAUGCCGUGAUGCAAGGGAAAAUUCCCUCGCUAUCUUUGUAUGCAGCAGUCAUUCUCGUUAUGGCUUCGGUUUUCUUACAAGCCCGUGCAACCGCAGCCGCCAGCGCUGCUGCAGCAGCGGCAAAGAAAACGCAAUGAAACCCGUUCGCCGUGUCAUUUUCUUCACGAUUCAAUGCUUGCUAAGUCUGGCACAACACAUACAACGAUGUUCAAGAUUGAGAACAAAGUUAAAGUCUACAUUGGGACAACAGAAGGCCUUUUGGCUACUUAACAACAGCAUACCAUGAUAUCUUUUUUACUCAAAAUGAAUCGAAAGAUGACUCCUUCUUCGGAAAAGUAUAAUGUUACUUCAAUCAGGCAUUUCCAUGCAUACAUUACUAGUUUUUGUUCAACAUUGGAAUGAAAUAUUUAUAUAUAGGAAAAUUCGAGAUCCAAUACUUCUACUUGUCAGAAGCACAAGGGAAUAUAUAAGUAGCGACUUCUAAUUGUGAAUGUUUUGUUGACAGAUCCUUUUGCCUUAAACCGAAAGAACCUGUAAACGUAUGUUCUCGCAUGACGAAAAGAAGUUUAGAAGAACGAGACUUAAGAGCGUC